AUGACUGGAAAUCUUUCAGAGAAGACAGUGGAAAACAAACCAACGGAGGCUUCGGAUGCCUUACAUACUUCUGAAGAUGGAGUCCGGAAUCCACUUGAUACUUUCGCCCCGAAAGUCGCUCCUAUUCAGUCCAUGCCGUCAUUUUCACUAUAUGAAGGGACUCACUCACCUGCGGAGUUGAACAAAAAUGAUGGGGUAAUGGUGGCAGAAGAGUUGGAGAAGCCAACUGAAUCUACGACUAAAAAGGGUGGUUUUCUCAUAGGAACUGUCCUUGCGGUUGCACUUGUUAUAUCUUUUGGAGUAAUUAUAGUUGGCGCUGCCGGUUUUGUCCCUGGACAUAUUGUUGGAUUCCAAGCCGUCACGCGAACUGCAGAGCUUAUUCAAAGUGAAGCUGUUAAAGGUGUUAUUAUUGUCAUGCGAUCAACUAUAUUACAGCUUCCUGAUUUUGCACACACAGUAACUGCCAAUUAUAUGCGGAACCAAACUGCAGGGUACACUGUAGACGCUUUCCCCUCUAAAUCUUCAGAUCUACUAUAUUCACUAUUGAGCGUUCUUUCAACAUUUCAAAAUACUAUAUCUUUUUUUAAAUUUAUGUAUUUGAAGGGUCUUUAUGGUGUUGCGACUACACCUUUUGACCAUUCUUUGACAGAAGAAGAUUAUCUUCUUGGUUCCAAUAGUGGAGAAAGCGUAGUUGCACCAGGAUAUGCAUAUAAUCCAACGACGUUGGUUCCCAUAGUACCUGAAUCACUUUUUAAAUGGGAUAUUCCUGCAGAGUUGGCGAACCCAGAUGGAGGGUUUAAAUCAAUCGUUGUACCAUGGGAAAACGAAGGGAGUCAAAGGCGCUGGCUUCCUGAUGAAAUGAAUACUACUGGUUUUUACUUUAACUUUGUAAUUCCCUUUAAUGUUAAUAAUUAUUCAGGAAUGUGUGAAGUAGCUAUGACAAGCAAUCGACUACUACAAGAUUCAAAAGCUCUCAUCACGACUUUGCGAGAAAACGGACGGGUUAUGGUUUUUGAUAUGAAACGGGAUGUCGUCAUUCUAGAUAGUUGGGGUGAACCUACUACGUGGUGGAAAGGUAAUCUCAGUGACGGUGUACAUUUUUAUCAUCUUUCACUUGGUGAAAUAAAUGACCCUAUUGCUCGUGCUGUUGUAGGUCAGAUAGAGAAUCGCAAGGACCAAGUCGAUUCCAUUGUGGAUAACACAGUGGAAAUGUCUUUCCCUUAUGACCAUAGUACUGUUAGAGCAAGUGUUGCACGUGUUACUGAUAAAAAUGGAUUGGAUGUUUUAUUAUCUGUUUCGGUUCUUCAAUCCGAUUUUGUUUCUGGAAUAGUUCAGGCACGUGUUAUUAUAAUUUCAGUAGUUGUAGCAAUUGUCGUAAUAUCAACCAUCAUCGCUUUUGUGGGAGCCUGUUACUUGGUUAAACCAUUGACACGUCUUGUUACAGCACUUAAGUUGGCAUCUAACUUGGAACUAUCAGGUGAUGAUAGUAAAAUGGUAAGCCGAUCAAGAAUAUUGGAAGUUGAAGAAAUUCAGACUGAUUACCUAAAACUAAGACGUCAAUUAUUGGUACUCCGAAAAUUCGUUCCAGAAGCUAUUUUGGCUCGUGUUGACUCAGCUUCUGAAGCAGGUGACAAUAUUUCACUCACGGAAGUGGGAAUUUCCAGUGUUGUAGGUGCCUCGCUUAUCGGAGAUGAUUCUACUUCUUCACGACCUGUACAAGGUGCAAAUGUAACUCGAGAUGUCAGACUAAACAGUGACAUCUUUAAAGAACAGUUAAAUGAAUUUUCACCUAAAUAUUGCACUGUUGUGGCUAUUGAAACACACACAACAAAACUAUGGGAAGACCAUAGAAAAUAUAUGAAUAUAUUGAUUUCUACAGCAACUGCACAUUCGGGUUGUAUUGAAAUACUUGGAACAGACACAACAGUUGUAAGUUUUGGUGCUCACGCGACAGUUCCAUUACAUUCAGCAAAGGGUGCCCGUUUUGCCUUUGAACUACUAAAUAAUCUUCUUCCUUACGAACGAGAAGCUAUUACCAUAGUGAUGGAGUCUAACGAAUUUUUAGUGGGAACAUGUGGCGCCAUGUCACGAAAUGCACGUGUCCUUUUUGGAACAGAAUACUUGUUUGAAUUGACAAAAGCAAUGUAUGCAGCUCGCUGCAAGAUUUCAGCAACUUCUGGUAUGGCUUCACAGUUACAGGGAUACCAAACUUAUCCUGUUGAUUGUGUUCUUACACCUUCUUUAAGGCUACCAGUUGUACUAUUUGAAGUACGAUUAAAGAAAAUGGGUGCCACACAGAUUUUGAGUUUAGUAAAGCAUUUUCGACUUGGAUUUGCAGCAAUGCGGCAAGGAAACUAUAAGCAAGCUAUAUCUCAUUAUCAACGAAUAGGAAGGUCUGAUAUUCAGGCUCGUCGAUUUAUUCGACUUUGUGCACAACACUGUAUGGACAAAGAUUCAUCACCAUAUGUUCGUAUAAUGGGAGAUUCAUAUGAUAUUCAGAGUCCUCUCCUCGACGAACCUGCAGAAGAAAUGGGUGAUGAACCGGUAGUUCAAAUGAAAAAAUCAAGUGAAGAAAAGUCUGCCUUUCAACAACAAAAUGACGAUAAAGAAUCAUCAGGGUCGAACAGUUCUGCGUUGUUUCAAAUGUAUAACUCAUCCUCCUCCUCUGAAUCUAUUCAAUCUCUUGCCGAUGGUUGUAAUGGAGCAGAUGAUGUGCCUAUUUCCUUGACAGAUAUGAACCAUAAAGUGUGGAUUCGUUCACUGAAAAAGAUCAGUGAGGGUGCUUUUAGUGCCGUUUUCCUUGGUAUGUCAGAAGAUGGCGUUCAGGUAGCGAUCAAGUGUAUCCCACGUCGGCGUCGUGAUAUCAUGCAAGAGUCUCUGGAGGCUGAGAUGAAUGUUGCGUCUAAGCUGCGCCACCCUAACAUUGUUCAAUAUGUUUCAUGCAGUGUGGUUCAAUCACACCUUGCUAUUAUAAUGGAGUACGUUCCUGGUGGUUCCUUGCACACAGUAAUAAAAAACUUUGGACGAGUGACUCCACUUGUUGCUCGACGAUUUACUGUAGAUAUUCUAAAUGGUCUAAACUACCUACAUGGGCUUGGGAUAGUGCACUGUGAUGUGAAGCCGCACAACGUGCUGCUUGGGAUGGAUGGUGUGUGCAAGCUGUCGGACUUUGGCUCGACCAUCUCCGAGGCGGCCGACAUGGCCCGCACUGCCGUUGAUGAGAUGACGCUGCGAGGGACGGCGCUCUACAUGGCCCCGGAGGUCGCCCGCGGCGGCCGCUGCACCCCGCAGUCCGACAUCUUUUCGCUCGGCAUUUCGCUGCUAGAGAUGCUGCUGGGGCGGCUGCCAUGGCGCUGGAGCAGCACCGCCCCGGAGGGAAGUGACGCGGCCGCCCUGCACACACUACUCCACCGCGAUACUCUCUUUGUGCAGAACCUCUCACGCGGUUAUCUGGAGCCUGAAGUGCCCGACUCACUGGACCGUGAAGUCGCCCUCUUUGUACGCGCUUGCUGCAACCCAGAUCCCUCCAUGAGGCCAUCUGCACUAGGACUCCUCUCAUAUGCUUUUAUACUAUAA